AAGAAAACUGUAAAAAGGUGUAGCUGGUUGCUGCCUUGUGCCAACUCUAUAUAUGAUAUGGGAAAAGGAAUUUCGUGAGAAGAAUUAGACGGCAAAAAUGGCUACAGCUUCUUCUGUAUCUUCUUCUUCUUCAAUGGAACGGAUCGUGUCACUUCCACAUUCCUCCAUGACCAUGAGGUUGCGCCAUUCCAAUGUCCCUUCUUUGCUUCGUCUUUUUCCGCAAGCUGCGCCGUCUUCUUUUUCAUCGACUUUUAGGAAUCCCUCAGGCUUUCGACGUUGCAUCGGUUCCAAGAGAUUUCCUAUAUUCAAGAUCAGGGGUUCCUUUUCUGAAGAGGAAACAUCUGAAUCUGCUGCUCGCAUCAGAAAGUUAUUUUCCAAUGUCAAAGACAAGUGGGACGGACUCGAAAAGAAACCCACAGUCUUUCUUUAUGGAGGUUCUGCAAUCCUUGGUCUCUGGUUAUCUUCAACCAUUGCUGAUGCAUUAGACUCCAUACCACUGUUACCUAAGUUUUUGGAGCUGGUUGGGCUUGGAUACUUUGGAUGGUUCAUCUACAGAUAUCUUCUCUUCAAGAGUGGAAGGGAUGAACUGCGAAGUGAUGUUCAAGCUCUUAAGAAAAAGAUUACUGGUGAUGAAGAGGAAUAGCAGAAAUCAGUUUCUGCAUCGUUCAAUUGAUCUUGUACACUCUUUUGUAUGAAGACAUUUGUACAUUAUCAAUUAAUCUUGUAUACUCUUUUGUAUGAAGACGAACAUUACAAACUAGUCAAUCUACCCCCACCAACAAAAUAAAAAACCACCCCUGUUCCAAUGGCCAAUAAAUAUAAGAGGAUUAUUUUAAAGGA